CAAACUCCAGGGCUGAGGACAAAGCCACAGGGCUGGUCAGUCCCCACCUCCAACCCUCAUCCUGGGCACCGGGAAAACUCAUCUGGGAAGCCCCUGACCUUCCUUGCAGCUGGAAAAGGUUUACCAAAGUCCUGUACUUUAAGUCCAAGUUGGAAUGUGAGGUGAGUCAUGACACCCAAAUGACCCCUAACCCCUGUUUUACCUGAGUUUUACUCAGGUAAAACUGCACCAGAACUGUGGUGUGGCCGAAGGGGAUGGGAAACGCCUUGGGCGGGGGAGGUUGGGCAACCCUGCUCCUUCCUGGGAUCCAGACUGGUUUCAUAGGAGCUCUUUCUCGUUAUCAGAUGUAUUCACAGCUCUGUCAUUUCACCGGGGGAAGGACACAAACUGCUCUGUGCUUUGUGUCAAAAUAUUGACACAGGCUGAGUGCAGGGAGAGGAGAUUAAGUGGGCGCGGGCAGCAGGGAAGGGCUUCCCUCCUCCCCAUGGACUGGGAGGUUUCUGGUGGAAAUGGGGCAGUGGCAGGAGGGGACAGGUGAGGGCCGACCACAUCCCUGCUGAUCUUUGCUCUUCCCUUUGCUCCCUGCAGGGUCUGUCCAAGCUGAGGCAGAUCCAUCAGGACGUGAUGGAGGAGGAAAGAUGCUGAGGGGUUUCCUGAGCUGCUGCAGGCUUCAAACAUCAUUCCAUGACUUGGAUGGGAAUGGGGGCCCCUGUCAGCAGGGACUGGGGCUCUGCAGGCACCUGCAGCAGGGGACAGCAGGGCUGCUCCUGCCCAUCCCUGGAAUGCCAGCAGCAGGAAUUUCCAUCUGCUAUGAGGGGUGUGUUUUGCCUUCGUUUUCUGGAAAGAUCGAGCUGGUGCUGAGGGCAAGAGAAAAGACUUGAGCUUGUUAAUAACCACAGGAUUUUGCUUUUUAUCAGAUGCCACUUACUUGGUCUCGGAGGCAGUGGCCAACCUCUGGGUGCCCCCGCAGCCUGGCCAGGAGGGCAAUCAGGGCGGCUGCCGUGAUUAACAGCCCGCGGGCGUUGGUGGAGGGUGGGAGCAGCGAUAGGACAAAGGGGUGUCUGGAGCAGGAGCUGGGCACGGCUCUGGCCAAAUACACCCUGCCUGGCACAGGAGCUGCCACGGAGCCACCGGCACCAGGGACCAUGUGGGGGCUGGCGCUGGCCCUGCUCUGCCUCCCGCUCGGGGAGGGGACGCUCAGGAUCCCCCUGAGGAGGGGCAGGUCCAUCCGGGAGGUGAUGAGAGAGAAGGGGCUGCCAGAGGGUUUCCUGAACAACCUCAGAGGGGACCCGGGGAGGAAAUACCAGCUCGGUGGUGCUGUGGCUUAUGAACCUCUCAUGAACUACCUGGAUACCUUCUACUUCGGGGAAGUCAGCAUCGGGACCCCUCCCCAGAAUUUCCUGGUGAUCUUCGACACUGGCUCUUCCAACCUGUGGGUUCCCUCCACCUACUGCCAGAGUCCAGCCUGUGAGGAUCACACCAGGUUCAACCACAGCCUGUCGUCCACCUUCCUGGGCACCGACGUGACCUACACCCUGAGAUAUGGGUUUGGGGACCUGUCGGUGGUGCUGGGAUAUGACACGGUGACAAUCCAGAACAUCGUCAUCAGGAACCAGGAGUUUGGCCUGAGCCUGUAUGAGCCCGGCAGACCCUUUUACUACCUGGAUUUUGAUGGGAUUUUGGGCAUGGCUUACCCAGGCGUUGCCAUCAGUGGUUUCAACACGCUGAUGCAGAACAUGCUGCAGCAGAACCAGCUCAGUGAACCCAUCUUCAGCUUCUACUUCUCCCGCAACCCAACAUAUAGUUACGGUGGGGAAGUCAUCCUGGGGGGGGUUGACCCCCAGCUGUACUCCGGGGAGGUUUUAUGGGCUCCUGUGGUCCAGGAAUUGUACUGGAAGAUCAGUCUCGAGGAGUUCUCCAUUGGGUAUUCAGUCACCAGCUGGUGCAGCCAAGGCUGUCACGGCAUUGUGGACACUGGGACAUUCCUGCUGACCAUCCCAGGGCAGUUCAUGCCAGCCCUGCUGCAGGCGCUGGGCGCAGAGGAGAGCGACUACGGGUUCCUCGUUGACUGCAGCAGUGUCCCAAACAUGCCCACCCUCUACUUUGCCAUCAGUGGGGCCUGGUUGUCGCUGCCUCCCACUGUCUAUGUCCUAGAGAACGAUGGCAUCUGCACCGUGGGGGUCGAGAGCACUUAUGUGCCCUCUGCCAGUGGCCAGCCCCUCUGGAUCCUCGGCAACCUCUUCCUCAGGCAGUAUUACUCCAUCUUCGACAUGGCCAACAACAGAGUUGGCUUUGCCCUGGCAACUUAGGGAUGCUGAGCAUCACCCACGGCAGAAUUUGUCCCUGGAACACCUUCUCCUCCUUUGGAUCUGUGCGGGGUGAUAAGUAGUGAAUAAAGGGCUGCAAAUCCAGCUGCCUCGUGUCUCCUCUGGCUGCAGCUGAG